GAGGAGAGUUUAGCGCUCCUCUCUGCAUCUGCAUCUGUGUGUGUGUGUGUGUGUGUGUGUGUGUGAGGAGAAAGAGGGGCUUUAUUGGAAAUUCUCGAACCCCCAUCGGUACGCUCUCGGCUUUCAGCUCCGCUCGCGCAAGUUUUCCAGGGAAAAGUGGAGUUUGCUGGGAUCAGCGCGAGGCCACACAGACUGAUGAAGGCAGAAGCGAGUCUUCAAAGAGGUCUGUGGCUGUAGCGGGUGUGUUCGUUUCAAUGCCAGUGGAUAUGCAGCCGCAUCAGGGGCUGUACCACUACAACAACACCGCCAACCAGCCGAGCCGAGGACUGGCUCGGUCAGUGCGAUCGCUCUACAGCGAGGUGCCACCCGACAGCAGAGAGAUGUUUAACCCCUCCAUGACCCCAGGAGCCUGUAUGGACCCCUACAUGCGGCCGCCGCAUGGCAUGAUGGGACACCGCGGGAUGCCUCCGCCUGAGAGUGUCAGCGGCGCCCCCUACUGUAACCAGAGCAUGAUGGGAUCUCAUCACAACCUCACGCAUAACCAGCCGGGAUCUGAACACAUGGCAUCAGGAGACGCGUCUUGUUUCUCGACGCCUCGCUCCAUGCUGAAGCUGAGUAAGAAGCGUGCUCUGUCCAUCUCGCCGCUGUCUGACGCCAGCGUGGACCUGCAGACGGUCAUCCGCACCUCGCCCAACUCUCUGGUGGCGUUUGUGAACUCGCGCUGCGGGCCGAACGCUGCCAGCUCAUACGGGCAUCUGUCUGUGGGAGGCAUGAGUCCGUCGUUGGGUUUCUCCAGCUCCAUGAACUACUCUUGCAGACCGCAGGGGAACAUGUAUGGCUCUCUCGCUGCAUCAUGCCCCAGACUCCACGCUCCGGCCAAACACACACACCUGAAGACAGAGCCUGUUCUGGGCAGCGUGAUGAACAGCAUUAACAUCAAGAGCCUGGAGGAGCAUUCGGAGGGAGACGUGGCGAGUCCAUCCUCAACAGGAACCCAGGAUCCUCUUCUGGGUUUACUGGAAGGCAGAGAUGAUCUUGAUAAGGAGGAGAAACCUGAACCAGAGGCCAUUUACGAGACCAACUGUCACUGGGAGAGCUGCAGCAAAGAGUUCGACACUCAGGAGCAAAUCGUGCAUCACAUCAAUAACGAGCACAUCCACGGGGAGAAGAAGGAGUUUGUGUGUCACUGGAAGGACUGCUCUCGAGAGCAGCGGCCCUUUAAGGCCCAGUACAUGCUAGUGGUCCACAUGCGCAGACACACGGGAGAGAAACCUCACAAGUGCACUUUUGAAGGCUGUAAUAAAGCAUACUCGCGUCUGGAGAACCUGAAGACGCAUCUGCGCUCGCACACCGGCGAGAAACCGUAUGUGUGUGAACACGAGGGCUGCAACAAGGCUUUCUCCAAUGCGUCAGACCGCGCAAAGCACCAGAACCGAACACACUCCAAUGAGAAAUCCCAGCCAAGCCCUGGCGGCCAGUCAUCCUGUAGUAGCGAACGUUCUCCACUAGGGAGCGCCAACAACAACGACAGCGGUGUGGAGAUGAACCUCAAUGCGACGGGGAGUCUGGAGGACCUGACCACACAGGAGGAGAGUGGGAACACCGGCGGCGGCUCGGGGGGAAUGUGCAUGUCCGUUCAGGCCUUGAAGAGGUUGGAGAGCCUAAAGAUCGACAAACUGAAGCAAAUUCGCCGGCCAACACCACCUGGGCGGAGCGCAGGGAAUAAACUGCCGGCUCUCUCAGCAACAGGAGAGAUGAUGGGCAUGUGUGUGCCUUCACCCUUGCUCUCCAACCGGCGUGUAAUGGAGCUUUCUGCCCCGGAUCUGGGCGGAGUUAGCGGAAUGGGAAUGCCUUGCCCACCAAACGACCGGCGGGGUAGCGGCACCAGCAGCUUCAGCUCUGCCUACACAGUGAGCCGCCGUUCGUCUAUGGUCUCGCCCUACCUAUCAAGCAGACGCUCCAGCGACGUGUCCCAAGUGGGUCACUGCCAUUCCGUAAUGGGGACCGAUGUUCCCGGCGACCCACUGUCUCCUCAGAACAGCCAAAGAGGCGGAUCAUGCCAGAACCCCGGGGGAUUGCCAGGUCUACCGAGUCUGACUCCUGCGCAGCAGUAUAGUCUGAAGGCUAAAUAUGCAGCAGCAACAGGCGGCCCACCGCCAACCCCGUUACCCAACAUGGACCAACCUGGCAACCCUGGAAGAUUCCUGAGAGAAUGCCAUGGCCAACCUCUUCCUCCGUUUCUGCAGCAAGGUGGCACGAGGAGGCACAGUGCCAAUGCCGAAUACGGCACGGGAGUGAUCUAUCCACAUCAGGCACCCGGGAACAACACGAGGCGCGCCAGCGAUCCAGUAUGCUCUGGUGCCGACCCGCAGGGCUUACCCAAGGUGCAACGCUUUAAUAGCUUAAGCAAUGUGUCCCUUAUGAGUCGCCGCAAUGCACUGCAGCAGUGCGGAUCUGAUGCCGCUCUCAGCAGGCACAUGUACUCGUCUCGUCCACCGAGCAUCACUGAAAAUGUCAUGAUGGAGGCCAUGGCCAUGGAUCCUCAUGGGACUGCCGAAGGCAGAGAGCAAGGCAACAUGAUCCAAUGUGGAGACCGAGCCUACACGAGCUACCAGCAACCUCAACAAUGCAACCACCCUCACAAUGCAAGUCAACUGUCUCCCGGACAAGAAGGACUGAGUUGCAUGGAUCAAGUCUACCAGUCUCAAAUGCAAGGUCCGUACCAGCGUGAGGAGAUCUGUGCCACCGGGAUAAUGGGUCAGGCUGACAUUGCAAACAAUCUUCUACAGCAAGCUGAGUUUGGCAUGAGCAACUGUCAGCUUAGCCCCUCCGGUCCACAUUAUCCCAGCCAGGGUGAUGGAUCAGGACCCUGGGGACAGACCAACCAGCUCCACAGCCCUCAGACCAAUAUGCAGUACCAGUGUGCAGGCAUUCAAGGACAACACUACCCUCAACAGGGUGUAUACGACCCUACAUCUGACCCUGGCCAUCAAAGAGUUACUGUAAAACCAGAGCAGUUUCAUUCAUCCAUGGGAGGAGCCAGUUCCUGCCAGAACACUAAACCUCUACACCAGCAUCGGCAUGAUGUGAAUAUGCAGGCGUAUCCACCGCAGUCAGGCCAGGGCAUCAUGGGCAGGUCCUCCAAUGCGAACUGUGAAUUCCAUCACGGCCAGAUGGGAACACAAGUCGGUCUUCCACAGCAGAGCCAGGCGGGAUCGUUCCCGAGCGGUGGAGGGAUAAAUCUUGCACUGGCGGAGAGCCGUAGGUCACAGACGCCAAUGCAUCAGAUGAAGGAAAUGAUGGUGAGGAAUUAUGUGCAGUCCCAGCAAGCGCUCCUUUGGGAACAACAGCAGGAGCAAAGGGUAGUCGAUGGGAAGCCCGGUGGCAUGGAAAUGGGAGGGCAUCAACAAGCUAACCAGAACCUUUAUCCUGGAAACUCCUACCAAGGCUACCCGAAUCAGAACUUGAUGAGCCCACCGCAAAAUCGAGUUCCCAGUUCCAUCAAGGAGCAUACCGCUGGGAUGCAGGGAUCCUGCUACAGGCCAGAUAUGGUGCCACGACCACCUCAGGGACGAAAGCCUCUGAGUCGCCAAAACAGCCUAUCCCAGCAGACAGGUGGAGCUUACCUGGGCAGCCCGACUCACCUGAGCCCGGUCCACUCCACCACCAGUCCCAGUAGAGGAGUCCGUCUCCCACUGGUUCAACAACAGCAACAGCAGCAGCAGCAUUCGGAAAACUUCACCAAUAACAACAAACCCAUGUACUGCUCAGGCCAGAUACACAUGCACCAUGACAUGGAGAAGACUCAGGAUGGACCAUGCCUGGCCCAGCAGCACCUGACUGGGAUAGACCCUAGUACCAAGCCCACCUCGAUGGCCUACUCGGACCCUGCACCCAUGUCCAACGCCUUAGAAAACCUGGACUUGGAGAAUGCUCAGAUUGACUUUGCUUCCAUCAUUGAUGACCCAGAACCUUCAUUUUACAGUCCAAUAAACCCAUCGCUGGGUCACCACCAGUGCUCCUCUCAGACCUCCUCCCGUCUCACCACACCCCAAACCUCCAUCACCCUUCCAAGUGGCCUUUCCAAUAUGGCAAUCGGGGACAUGACCUCAAUGUUGACGUCCCUUGCUGGGGAGAACAAGUAUUUGAACACAUUGUCUUAAAGUGUUUAUACAUAUAAUUGGGCCAAAGUGAGCAUGUAGACUCUAUUGCCCUUACAACACUAAAGGUUCCUCUGGACGUCCUUUUCUUGCUCAUGCGCCAGGUACUGAUGGUUCUGCUGGUGUCCUUCAUGGGAUCUCAGAGAUUUUGCAUAAUAGUUUUGUAAUUGUGUAAAAUAUGUUGCUGAACAUUACCACAGAGGCCUAAUGACUAUUACUGAAGGGGCAUUCUGUUUACGAGACUGUUUACGAUGGAAAUCUUGUUUAAAAUGUAAAUAUGAGCUUUGGACUGUAAAUGGUGGCAAGAUAGUAUAAAGAAAAUCUCCUUUUUGAUACAUAUACAGACUUGGACUGGCACAAAAGCCACGUGAACUCUACAUAAGAAGACUGAAAUACUAAGUGAGCGAACGUGUAAAGGAAGAAGCUGGUUGGCACAUUCUCUAGAAGUAUUGGUAAAGACAGGACUCAAGUGCCUUCAACCAUUGUGGCCUCUUUGAUUCCUCACAGGUACGACAUGUUGGAGAAAACUCGACAGAUGAGACACAUGGACAGUCAGAUAGAAACACUGACAGAUGAAUAAACUCAGUAUGAAGCCCAAAGUAUACGAACACUUAAUGAAUGAGUACAGCAGAAUGCAUAGCCUUUCAAAGUAUACUCCACUUAAUAGUGCACAAAAACACAGGUGGCUGACACAUGCGCACUAGACAGUUUCAUUUUUGCCGAUGUCUGUGCUAUUUCUCUACAGAAGUUAUGAGCAAUAAAAACAAACAUCUUUGUUCUCUAUUAAACUAGCAGGUGUCUAUAUUCUUGUUGCGUCUCCAGUAGUUUGUCUUUCCAUCUCGUUUUUUUUCUACCGUGAAACAACCAAUGUCGCCACCUUGUGGACCAACUAAUUAGUGCAAAGAAGGUGUUUGCUCAAGCUGAGUGUAAAGAGUACAUGCAUAUACUUUGGGCUUAGGAGAAAGUGUGUUCUCACUAAAACUUAUCACUAACUGUCAUAAUGGCAGAUUACAGAACAGUAUUUUGAAGCCUCGUUAACUAUCUCUAGGUCUAGACAGGAGCCUUUGAGUCAUAAUAUUAAUUAAAAGUUCUAGUGUUUGUUUUCUGAUUAUUUGACUAGUCUGCUUUCAGACAGAUACGUUAAAGGGUAACGGCACUGAGUGGUUUUUGUAAAGUUUCUUUUAGUCUACGCUGCGCUAUGUAACCCAAGCUAGCAUGCAUAUGCAUUGCACUGACAACAGCACUGAGCUGAGGAGAAGAGAUUAAUUUUAAUUAAUGGUUCCAUAUAGUAUGAAAGGUACAUACAGUACAGGUAUUUUAUUUUUUGGUUUUAAGUCCUCUGUUAUUUCAACACUUUGCCUACAUUGUGCCUAACUCGUUUUAAGUAUCAUUUUAUCAUUUAAGUGUUAUAGAGGGCUGCAACCCUUUAAAAAUCCCAGUGUUUCCACUUUCUGUGGCAUACCAAAGACGACCGACACUGAGACGAGUCCACACUUGAUAUUUGCUAGACAUCAUUUGCAUAGACAGCUAGACGUCAUGUGCUUCCAUAUUGCUGCAAAAAU